GGGAAGGCCACUCUGGCGCAGCUCUGUAACCGUAGGGCAAUCUAAAAGAAGUCGACAUUAUAUGAAAAGGAAAAAGGAACAAAGAAACAAAAAAAGGUCCGAGAAUAGUUUAAAUGACAUCACACACUUUUUUCUGAUCCUAUUUAUACAUUUUUAUUUUUAUUUUCUUCUCCUUUUGUUUUUCUUUCACUCUUUUUUUUUAAAAAAAAAAUAACACUAUGACAAAUCUCAGUGUGAAAUUAAAACUUGCAAAUACAUUUGCCACACUUUUAUUAGUUGGUUCUCAAGGAUUUAGCUUUUCCGGCUGGUUCUUGGGACACUCUUAUGAAUUUGGACCAAGAGACUUUGUUAUUAUCUUGACCAGUUUGUUACAAUUGCUAUUGAUUGGAUUUACCAUUUACCAAUAUUUGCCCAGCGCACCCAAAGACGUAUACGAGGCUAUUGGUUUCUGGUAUCUGUUGGUAUCCGUGUUGAAUAGUUCUGUGGCUAUUUUAUGGUUUUUCCACCUUGAUUUAUUUGCGUUUGUCGGACUUUUGUGGCAAUUGGCAACACUUGUAUUUGUCUAUCAUCGACUCCGUGAUUAUCCUCCUCGUAAUGGUACAGAUCAUGCCUUUGUCAAUGCACCUUUCUCCAUCUAUACUGCCUAUUCAUUCUUUAUUGUUCUCUGGCAAAUCUUUCAAUUCAGCAAUGAAACAAAACAUAACCAAAUCGUUCACACAUUUAUCAUUGUCGUCAUUGGAUUUAUCUCGCUUCACUUGGUGGAUUAUUCUCACAGAAAGGAUUGGGUUUAUGCUUUGACAACUGCAUGGAUUCUUUUGGGUGCAGCUGUCUUCCUUGUUGAUACUCCCCACAUCGUCUCUCUGAUUGUGGUUGGUAUUCUCGUCAGUGCCGUUGCACGUACAUUGAUUCCCAACUGGUUAGAUCGUUUCAACCGAAGAUUCAGUACCUGGGCUAACAGAUUGGGUGAGAGAACUCCUUUGCUUCACUAAGCCACUUUAUAGCGUUCGCUCUCUCUCUCUUUCUCAUCUCUCUCUCUAACUCACACACUCUCUUUCUUUCCCAUUUUCAUAACGGCGCCUUA